AUGAAGGCUCAGAGCCGAUCUCUAACAACAAGGGAAGCAACGAAAGCGAGGGCAAUUCCGAUCACCGUUGAUGGAGACACCGUUGUGCUUGAACUUGGGGCAGGGGCUGGGGGCAUUUCCGUACCAGGAAUUUCAGUUGGGGCGGCCCAUUUCCAUCCGCUAAAGGGCAGACUCCAAUCAGAGGCGAAGCUUUUAUCAGUUCGAAGAAGAUGUUUGAGGUUGAGGAGUGUGGUUGUGAAGGCUGCUGCUGCUGCUUCUGGAGGUGGCCGCAGAGUCUACAGUCAGUCUAAGUCUCAGUCUUCUUUGAUUAACGCUCCCGUCAAACAGGCUGUCUCCUUCAUUGUCCCAGCUGGAGUCUUUGUAGCAGUCACUUUCGUUUUGUGGAAAUUGGUGGAGAAACUUCUUAUGCCAAAGCCAGCAAGGCCUAGUUUAUCAGCAGCAGAAAAUAAAUCUCCUGAAAAAGGAGUUAAAUGGUCCUUUGCCCCUGGCUCUAAUUUAUUAUCAGGUUUCACUGCCAAAGUCGACUGGGAGUCCAAGCAGAAGCUUAAUGAAUUUGCCAAACAACUCAGGUCUUUCAGAAGCGUUGACAUGUCCGGAUGUAAUUUUGGAGACGAAGGACUAUUUUUCCUUGCCGAGAGCUUGGCAUACAAUCAGACUCUAGAGGAAGUAAGUUUUGCUGCAAAUGGAAUAACUGCAGAAGGAACAAAGGCCUUUGACAGUGUUCUUCAAUCAAACAUUGCACUAAAAACUCUCAACUUUUCGGGAAAUCCUAUUGGAGAUGAAGGAGCUAAGGUCCUGUGUGCUAUAUUGGUGGAUAAUGCUGGUAUUGAAAAGCUCCAGCUGAACAGUGCUGAUUUAGGUGAUGAGGGUGCAAAGGCUAUUGCUGACUUGUUGAAGAAAAGUUCAACCUUGCGUGUGGUCGAACUUAAUAACAACCUGAUUGACUAUUCUGGUUUUACAAGUCUUGCUGGAGCACUUCUUGAGAAUAAUGCUGUACGAAGUAUGUAUCUCAAUGGCAAUUAUGGUGGCGCUUUGGGGGCUAAUGCUUUGGCUAAAGGACUUGAGGGUAACAAAUCUUUACGAGAACUUCACUUGCAAGGAAAUUCUAUUGGAGAUGAAGGAGUUCGUGCCUUGAUGUCAGGCUUAUCUUCAAGUAAAGACAUUGGCAACAACUCAGUUAGUUCAAAAGGCGCCUUUCAUGUUGCUGAGUAUGUCAAAAAGAGCAAGAGCUUAUUUUGGUUGAACAUGUACAUGAAUGACAUUGGUGAUGAGGGUGCUGAAAAGAUUGCAGAUGCUUUGAAGCAAAACCGUAGUGUAGCAAUUAUAGACCUGGGUGGAAAUAACAUACAUGCCAAGGGAAUCAGUGAAAUAGCUCAAGUUUUAAAAGAUAAUUCUGUCAUCACAACUGUGUUAUCUGAAGUCCUCAAGUUUCAUGGAAAUGUGAAAGUAUUAAAGCUGGGUUGGUGCCAGAUAGGAGCAAAGGGUGCAGAAUACCUUGCAGAUACUUUGAAAUACAACAAUACAAUUUCAAUUCUGGACUUGCGAGGAAAUGGGCUCAGAGAUGAAGGUGCAGUUUGUCUGGCUCGCAGCUUGAAAGUGGUCAACGAAGUUCUAACUGAUCUUGACUUAGGAUUCAAUGAAAUUAGAGACGAUGGGGCUUUUUCUAUUGCUCAAGCACUCAAGGCAAAUGAAGAUGUAAACAUCACCUCUCUAAAUCUUGGAAAUAACUUCCUUACAAAAUUUGGACAGAGUGCUCUCACUGAUGCAAGAGAUCAUGUAUAUGAGAUGAAUGAAAAGGAAGUUUCGUCUGAUAUCAAGAUUGAUGAAGAGUACCAAAGCUCCCAGGUGGUCAAAGGAACCAACAGAAGGCUAUUACCAUUCUUGGGUACGAAGGCUAAAUUGAGAGAGCAGCAAAGGCACGUGCAGCGCGUAGCUCCUACGUCUACAAACAUAGUCGCACGAGUGGGAAGUCGGUGUGGUCAGAAACAGUUCAAUGCGAUGUUGCUGGAAUCGUCUGCUCAGGCCAAUCAGGGUGGUGGUGCAUAUAGAUUUGAGUGGUCGAACGGUGGCUGCUAG